CGCGCGUUUUCGUGCGAUACGUCGAUCAGCGUCGCCGUUUAUUCGCGGGUGUGCAGCUUCGUGAAUUUCCGCGAUCGGCGUCGAUCGUUCCUGGCACGUGUCAAUCUCAAGUGGAACGAUUCGAAUGACAGGGGGAAUCUCGACGUUGUUCUUGAACAAUGAAGUACAUCGGAGCACUUGAUGUCGGGACCACCACUGUGCGGUUUCACAUCCUCGAUGAGCAAGCGGUCACUGUCGCCCACUCUGUCGAUAAGGUUCAGCUCCUGUAUCCCCAACCAGGCCACGUGGAGAUAGACCCAGACGAGUUAUGGAGGAUCAUAGUAAAAGUAAUCAAGACCACUAUAGAAGACAGCGGAAUAAAACCAGAAUCCAUUGUCUGCCUCGGAAUAUCCACGCAACGAGGAAGUUUCACAACGUGGAACACGAAGGAUGGGAGACACUAUCACAACUUCAUAACGUGGAAAGAUCUCCGCGCUGACGAUAUGGUGAAAGAAUGGAACUCCUCCGCGACAAUGAAAGGGCUGCGAUUAGGGUCGCAGAUUUUGUACACGCUCUCCAGGAGGAAACGAUUCCUGGCUGCGAGUGUUUUUAAAUUCAUGAACACGCAGAUGUCUCUGAGGUUAUUAUGGGCCCUGCAACACGUGGCAGGUUUACAGGAGGCAGCGAACAAUGGAAAUGCAGUUUUCGGAGGGGUUGAUUGCUGGCUUUUGUAUAAACUUACCGGGAAGCACGUGACGGACAUUUCAAGCGCAUCAGCAACCGGAAUUUACGAUCCAUUCACGAUGACCUGGUCCAAUAUAAUAAUAAACCUGCUGAAACUCCCGCAUAAUAUCUUUCCUGAAGUGGUGGACACAACUGGAGAUUUUGGGGUGACUCCAAAGGAAAUAUUCGGUGUCGAAAUCCCGAUACUUUGCUCGAUGGCAGAUCAGUGCGCGUCGCUGUUUGGUUCAGGAUGCACGGAGCCAGGAGAUUUGAAGAUUACCAUGGGGACAGGGACAUUUUUGAAUGUUAACACGGGAACAAAGGCGCACGCUUCUAUCACAGGUUUAUAUCCUGUAAUCGGAUGGAGAAUUCGCGAUGAACUGGCGUACGUAGUAGAGGGUGCAUCGAACGACACUGGAGUCCUCGUGGAAUGGGCCAAAAAGAUUGGCAUCAUUACCGAUCCUUCUGAGACUUCGAGCAUAGCAAGCGCCUUGAACGAUUCCGAUGGAGUAUACUUUGUGCCAGCCUUCAGUGGACUGCAAGCUCCUAUCAAUGAUUACUCUGCAGCUACUGGGUUCGUCGGGAUAAAACUCACGACAGAGAAGGGUCACAUCGUUCGGUCCUUGCUGGAAAGUAUCGUCUACAGGAUAUUGCUCCUUUACGAGUCCCUCUGCGAUGAAACUUGUUUCACGUAUCGCAAAAUACGAGUCGAUGGCGGAGUGUCCACGAAUGAUUUUGUACUACAAUUCCUAGCAGAUCUUACAGGUCUCGAUGUGGAGCGCGCAACCAGCAUGGAAAUGUCUAUUUUAGGAGUGACUUUUCUCGCUGGUUUACAAUGCGGUGUUUGGAAAGACAGAGAGGAGGUCCUCAAACUCCGUAAAGUCGAAACGAUAUUCAAAUCAAACGAGGAGAAUCGACAGCGAUACCAGCCAAUAAUCGCUGAAUGGAAACGAGCCGUCGAACGGCUCAGUCAGUGGUACUAAGAACCAACCGCACCAAAAUGUACCAGUCAGGACAUAAUUUGCCAGCUAAACAGAACACGUAUAAAUACCAUUGUGCCAUAGUUAAGCCUCGUUAAUAAUGUUUGUCACUUUUAUACGUCGCGCAUUCCGUAACCACUGUAAAUAAAGAUAAUUGACUUUUAAGAAAGA